AAACAUUGCGGUGCUUCAAAGACCUCUCCUCUUUUUUAUAAAGCUGUUUACGACAUGGAAGAAAGCAAAACACCGAAUACGGAAGCAGCAAGAAGUUGUCACGGCAUUGUUGGAGAACUUGCAAGAAACUGGCAGAGCUGGUCCAAGGAUCAUGUGGCUUAUCAGCAACAAAACCCAUUUAGCAAUGGCAACCAAGUAACCUUACGCACUGAGAGAGGGGAUCCUACUUAUGGGAGACCACCUGAAGGCUCCAAAACUGAGCAGAGAGGAAAAGAUGCACACACACUUAUGGGCAAAGAAGUGGAAGAACUAUGCUUAAUUAUACGUAACACUGGAAAGAGGGAACAGGAUGGGCAAGUGAAAAUAACAUUUAAACAGCUCUUUAAUAAGUAUGUGACUAUAUCCAAUAAACUAGUAGGUGUCCUCUUAAGAGCAAGGAAGCAUGGCCUGGUUGACUUUGAAGGUGAAAUGCUUUGGCAAGGAAAAGAUGAUAAUGUAGUUAUCACUUUGUUUGAAUAAGAUAAAGAUUAUCCAGCUAUUUCAUGAUUAAUACAGAAAUGUGUUAAAGCUCAUGAAACAUGAAGGUGACUGUCUGGCUUAGAACAUAGGGAAUCAAUUGACAUAAACUGGAAAUAAGUUUUAAAAUACUUGGUCAUUAUGCAAUAAGAAAUAUGUACUUAUUAAAGGAAUUUAGUGAACAUACAUGGUUGAAAACAACUCAAUACAUUUCAUGAGAUGUGUUGUUCAAAUUGCAAAUGCUAAUAAAAAAAUUAGGAUCACAGAUAUGAGUAAGAGGGUGAUUAAGACUUGCUUGAAAUUAGUAAUAAUAUUUUCCACUACAUUACAAAUUUCAUAUUUAAGAGUUGGUAGCUUCAAAUGUAUAUGCUGAGGAAAAGUCUUUGCUUUAGUAGUAUACUAGUAUAUGGAUUAUAAAUAUGACUGACCCUGGAUUGGGAUUUUUUGAAGAAAUCUAGUAACACACGUAAUCAAUAUUUUGAAAUUCAGCUGUAUCCAAAAAUAUUCAAGAGGUCUAUGGG